AUGAUCCUCACAACGCUAGGAAUGUUUAUAAUAGACAGCAACGAAUACAUCCUGCCGCCAAAGCCGCCGGAAACUGACAUAAUAGGCGGCGCAGGAACAUACGCCAUAAUAGGCGCACGCAUAAUCUCACCCACCCCCGCAAUAAGCUCGCAAAUAUCAGGGAUAAUAGACAAGGGAACAGACUUUCCUCCCCGUAUCCAACACGAGAUCGAGUCCUGGCAAACUGGGAUCCAUUUCCGCGCAAACCUCAAUCGCAAGACCACGAGAGGAAUCAAUACUUACCGUGAUGGGAUCCGCUCGUUCCGGUACGCUACUCCGAAACUCCGCGUGGAAGUCGAGGAUAUCUCACGUUACGGUCUCGACGUGAGCAGCAGAUGCUUCCAUUUGAUAUGCUCAAUUGCGCGGUGCCACUCCAUCAUCACCGAGAUCCAGCGCGUCAACCCCGAUGCUGUUUUCGUGUAUGAGCCGUUGCCCGAUGACUGCCUCGUGGAAAACUACCCCCACCUAAAAUCGGUGUUGCUGAAAGUGGAUGUCUUCACGCCCAAUUUAGAUGAAGCGAGAUCGUUAGUCGGCGACCACGAAGCGCAAUUGAGCUUGAGUGAACUAAGCUCCAAAUUCACCCAGCAUCAGAAGUUGGAUAGAUCUGCAACCGUGAUUCGCUGCGGCGCUGCGGGAUGCCACGUCGAGACUACGAACCUAAGUCGAUCUUUCCCCGCGUACCAUCAGGACCAGUCGCGCGUGGUUGACGUCACGGGAGGCGGCAACUCCUUCUGUGGCGGCUUCAUCAUGGGGUGGUAUCUUAGCGGCGGAGAUUGGAUGCGCGCGGCUGUGUGUGGGAAUAUCAGCAGUGGGUGCAUCAUUGAAAAGCUUGGGGUGCCCCUCGUGCAAGGCGACAAGUACAACGGACUUACCCUCGAGGAAAGGUUGGAUAUAUACUAUAACGCCAAUCCCGAGCUUCGUUAA